UGGAAAUCCAAAUAAACAUGGAGAGCUCCAUCGCUGAAAGCAUCAAUGAUAGCAAGGUCUUCCGUAAAGAUGAGACCAAAUCUGGAAUAGAAAAAAUGGAAGUGCAUAGUAACAUUUUACCAUUUCAGCUGAAAGCUGAUCAGAGCUCCAGUUGUCAACUUGGACCAGCAGGAGAACCGUGCUCCAGUAAUCAGUCUAGACUGACGGGAGAUCAGUGCACCAGUGUUCAAUUUAAACAGACAGUACAUAAGUGCACCAGUAUUCAAUUGGAACAGUCAGGAGAUCACUGCAACAAUAUUGAGUUGGAACAGACAGCAGAUCAGUGCACCAGCAUUCAGUUGGAACAGACAGCAGACCAGUGUAUCAACAUUCAGCCUAAACAGUGCACCAGUCCUCAAUAUGGGCUGACAGGAGAUCAGUGCAUCAGUAUUCAGUCUGAACGGUGCAGCAGUCCUCAGUCGGAACAGACUGGAGAUCAUUGCACCAGUGUUCAGUUGGAACAGGCGGGAGAUCGGUGCACUAUCGUUCAGUCUGGCACUGGAUCCUUGGCUCUUCUGAGUAUGCAGUACAGAGGAAACGGCUCAGAUGGCAACUGCUCAGAAAGUGACACAGAUUCCUCAUCCUCCACAUCCACCUCUUCAUCAUCCUCUUCCUCCUCCGAGCCUUUAAUGGUGAAUCACGCUGAAGAUGGAGUUGCCAAAGGCCAUGGAAAGGGGCUAGCACCAGUGCAAACACAAGAUGGGCUACUUCUAGAGGACCUCCCUGCAGUGGAGAACUUGACCAUCAGCCUUACAGGGGAUACAGAGAUUGAGCCCGUUGGAAUGAUAUCAAGCAUUGUAGAGCGUUUAGUGAUCGUGGAGUCAUUCAAGAACACACCACCAUUGAAUGAGGACAGCGUGUUAUUCAGCAAAGACAGAAACUCUAUUGGAAAGGUUUUUGAAGUCUUUGGGCCAGUUUGUCAGCCCUACUAUGUUUUGAGGUUCAAUUCCCAUGAAGACAUAGACCAGAAAGAUCUUAAAAUUCGAGACCUGGUUUACUUUGCCCCAAAAAUCAAAGAUUUCACAGACUACAUCUUUACAGAGCAACUCAAAGAAACCAAAGGGUCAGAUGCAUCCUGGAAAAAUGACCAGGAACCACCUCCUGAGGCACUAGACUUUAGCGAUGAUGAGCAAGAGAGACUGGCCAAGCAGAAACUGAAAGAGCAAAAGAGACGACAACAGAACGAUUCUAACUCUGAGGACGAGUCAGAUGUCCUUAAAGCUGUGCCUCCUCAAAAAUGUGCUCGGCGGAAACCCAGACAGAAUCACAACGUUCCACGUGUGCAGCACCACAAUCGCGGCGGUGGUUUCCAUAGCAAUUAUCAUGCACACCCCUACUUUCCACAUUCUGAGUACAUGUACCCCCCUUCAGAUCCACACAUGUUUCCCUUCCAGGGCCCAAUGUACCCACCCUAUCACAGACCACCGCCCUUUCCCAUGGGCAUGCACCCUCGGCCCCCAGGCGCCAAUCAGGGCUAUAUGUUUCAGCCCCCACCUCCUCCCCCACCACCACCAUCUAAUCGAUAAACCUGUGAUUUAAUUAUCUUCCAUUAUCACCAAAUCUUGUGCCCAAAGAAGGGAACACAAUAUUUGAUAACUAACUGUAUACAUGUGUAUAGUAUUAAA